AGUGCUCCCCACACCGCACGGUUCAUAUUGCCUUCUCCCGCGACACGCGGCGAGCCGCUAAAACCGACAUCUGAAGCCAGCUUAGCCUUUUCUGUUUCUCAUUGUGCGUACUUCCUCCUGUAUUUAUUUUUUAAGUACUAUAGAUCUCUGUUUUCGGUGCUCCAUUGGCAAAAGGAGUGCCACGAUAAUAUGAGCUCACCAGGCCGCGCCCCCUUCGUUGCUCCUCGAUGGCUCCCGCACCGCGCCUGAACCAAAAACAGUUGUUGUGCUUCACUUUUCCGUUGCCGGGAAGGAGACUGCAGCGCUCUCCCGUUGCCGUUUCUGGAUAAUCCAAAAACUAUACCAUCUCCAUUGCUUAAGUUAGAAGUUCUGUUUUUGUUUUCUGCAGUUUCCCCUCCGGCGUCGUCGCCCAGCGCUCUCUCUUCGCCGCUCUUGUCCGCUCGUUCUCGUCGAGGGGCCUGAACUGCAAAACUCGGGAAAAAUAAUAAUAAGAAAAAAUCCGAAUGAAAAGCCACCACGUCACGGUGGAGCUGCUCGACGCGGUCGUGGUGCCCGUGGCUGCCCCUGCCCACGGCCCGGAGAGUCCUUCGCAAGCUGCAGGUGCGUCAGCGUUCCUCAGCACCACAGAUGACAACGCCGCCAGCGUUCCGCCGCUGACGUCGACGGUGAUGGCGGCGGCCAGCGUGGACACCCCGAGCAGCACCUUUGAGGCGGCGAUCUGCACGGAGCUGCAGCGCCUCAUCGAUCACUGCGAGGAGGUCUGGGCCCACACCAUGCGCUUAACUCGCGUGGCGGUGCGCAGCGUCGUGAUGGACCAGAAUUACGCCAUCGCCGUCACCUGCGUAAUGCUGCUCAUCUCCUGCGUCCUCUAUCCGCUCACACAGACGCUGCUUUGCACGGUGCUCUUCUUUGUCUUGUACGGCCUGUGCAUGGGGCUCCAGGGCUACCACUUCUGGGCCCGCGUGACGGAGAUGAAGUACCGCACCGCGUCCGUCACGUCGGAGGUGCUGACGCGGUGGUGGCAUCGGGUGCACGAGAUGCCGCUGCGGCAGUCGCAGACAGCCGAGGAGCGGCGACGCGUGUUUAUCGAGUCGUUCGCGCAGCUGCCCGCGAAGGCGUUCCGCAUGGUCGCCGUUGUCGACGAGCGCACGGACCGUUUGAAGCACAUUCACAAGAGUUUAAUGGUGAAGCGCUCCAAGCGACUGGAUGAGGCGACGCUGAAGGUGCGGCCGUACAUUGAGCCGGUGGGCAUCUGCAAGUUGAUAGACGUGAUGCGCAUCACGCUGGAGUCGGACGCGAUUGUGCUGAAGCCGCUGACGGACCGGGCGCGGCCGCCACGCCUGCCUAACUUGAUGCUGUCCAACGCAACUUUUAUUGAAGACGAAGACACCACCGAUGACAGCGAUAACGAGCGUGAAUCCCGCACGGCGCUCGGCGGUGGCAACACGAUCUCCGUCUCCCAUCACAUGGAGUACUUUGUGCACCGCGUCUUCCUGCUGUUUUGGGGCCUUGCCAUGCUGCUGACCGCCGGCGCGGGCGUUGUGUUCUACUUCACCGUCGCUGCGCCGCUCGGCGAGGGCGUCUUUCUCGAUCCCGCCGUGGCACUGCUCGGCCUGCUCCCGCUGAACGCGAUUGUGCUGAAUCGAUUUCUCAUCUUCUACGCGAACGUGUAUUUGGAUAAGCUGUUCCAUUACAUGGUGUCGCGCCGCUCGUACGCGCUGGACGAUCGGCUGCCGCGCUUCUCGUUCUGGCCCACCGUCGUCACGAUGGCCCGCGUGGUGUUUCGCAUGCCGCCGCCGAAUGGCGGCCGCAACCCGCUCGUCUUCGCCACGUCGUUGGUUGACGUGUUCGGGAUGGCCACGGUGGUGGCCAUGUUGGACCAGACGGGCAUCGUGACAGACAUGGUGCCUCUGCCGCGGCAAAUCCUGCUGCUGAAGCGCGACCCGAAGCAGGAGAGUUCCUCCAGCGAGGACAGCGACGUCGGCGCUGUUUCUGCGAGUGCUGCCGCUUCCUUCUCGCAGCGCAGCGAGCGCGAGGCCCGCGAGCGUCGUAGAGACAUGCGGAAGCAAAUCAAACGAAAGAAGUAUCAGGAACAGCGCUUUGUGGAGCUGCGCCUCGCCCAGUCAUCGCGGCAGGACUUGGCGGUCGAGUUCGCCGACGACGACAAGGCAGUGCAGAAGAGCUCGAACUACUUGAACCCGCUGUGUCUCGCUAUACUGGUCCAUGCUUUGGCCCGCGAGCCGACCCAGCUGGCGACGUGGACGGAGCCGUUCCGCUUUUGCGAUCGCUCGCUGCGGUGGUCGCGUGCGCUGCACUGGAUCCCGCGUGCGUGCGGCUUUCACGACAGCGUUGCCCGCAACUUUCUCGUGCUGGCCCGCAUCUUCGUGAUUCACACGAAGGCCGCCAGCGGCUACCGCGACACCUUUCCGGAGCAGGCGUGCUCGUAUUUGGUGGAGGGCAGCGACGGCGCGUUGCACCUCUUCACGAUGGGCACGCCCUACCUCGUGUGCCGGCACUCCUCGUCGCACUGGACCGGCGCCAGCGUGGAGGAGUUCGACGAGGGCGACAAGGCGGAGGUGUUGUACAUGGGCAAGCAUCAAUGGGAGGAGGGGCAGAGCCUGGAGACGGUGGCGCUGUCCCAUCGCAUUCUACCAGAGCGGUACCGCCGCUACGUCGCGACGCUGCCGCGCAACCCGCACCGGUACAGCGAGUUCUUCUUCCGCAACGGCGCCGAGGUGAACGGGACGACCACGAAGGCGGCACGCGCCGGUCGGCGACGGCGGCGGGAGGCGUGGGCGGCGACGCGGGCAUCGAAGGCUGCGGUGGCAGCGGAGCGUGCAGGCGGCGAGGGUGCAGAGGAGAGGGAGGAGGAGAGGAGGGAAGGCAGCAGCAGCGGCGGAGCGCACACGCGCACCACGAAUCGCUUUCCCAGGCGGGCAGUGAGAAAGACGGCACGAGGGGAGAUGGGGCAGCCGCCGAGAGAGUCAUCGUCCGCCGUUGCAUCAACGAGGAUGGCGGAUCACAGCGAGGAGGAGGGAGGGGAGGACGGACCGUUUGGGCGCACCUUUAAGGCGCGUGACCGGGCAGAGACGUUCAUGUACACCAGCGACGCAGAGGAGCACAACAACGGCAGCGUGCGAAGGAUGAGUAGCAGCCACCGACAAGGUGGAGAGGAGGAGAUGAGAGAGGAGGAUGACAGACGCCUUGACGGUUACACGGCGGGUCGGAAGAACGAUGAAGAAGGAGAGGAGGACCAGUAUGAGGAGAGCGAACUGGAUCCUCACAUGGCAGGCAGCAGCAGCAGCAGCUUGAACAAGUCUGGUGGUGGCAGCGGUAGCGGCAGUGGCACGAGCGGGGCAUCGAGAAAUCAUCCGCGGCAUGGUCGACGAAGCCGCCGUCGAUGCCGCUCCGUGCCGCCGCCGCCGUCGCCGUGCACCACGCGCCCCCCCGCACUGAAGUCGCGUAGUCGUUCCCUCGGCGCGGUGCCCUCCGAUGUGGUGGGCGACAUCGAAGAGGACGACUGCCUCACCGCCAGCACGUUUAUUCGCCUCAUGGCCACCACCUCUCACACCUUUCUCGGCCUGGUCGGUUUGCAGGACUCGGUACGGCCGAAUGUGCAGAGCACGAUGGCGCUGCUCGAUGGGGCUGGUGUUCGCUGCAUGUACUUCUGUGCCGACAACGAGCGCCAGACGAAGAGCUUUGGCAGUCGUGUGGGCCUCGAGACCGAUUGGAACUGCUGCAUCUCGCUUAAGGAGGACGCCGUGGCACUCGACCCGCACAGCAUCCGUGCGCAGCUGCCCUUCGGCAUGAAGUCCAUCCGCAAGCACAUUCUGCACGUCGAUGCUAUUCCACUGCAGGUCAGCCUCUUCUCCCACGCCCUCGGUGUGUCGAAGCGGGCGAUGCUGUCCGUGCUGCAGGACAACCAUGAAGUCGUCGUGGCAGUCGGCUCCGUCUUCAGCCACAGCAACGUGCGCAGCUUUGUGCAGGCGGACCUGUCGAUUGGUGUGCUGCCCACCCGCCGAGGACCCAACGCGGACAAGGACGCCACACUGAAGCACAGCCGCAUUGUCGAGCCCUCCGACUUCGCCGUCGCGAACAGUCUCAACCGGGACAUCCCCCUCUACCGAAACGUGGCGGAGCUGAUUGGGUGCAGCUGCUCCCUGCGUGCCCCGCCGACGACGUCGAUACUGCCUAUUGUCGCGAUGAUGAUCCGACAGGCCCGUCUGCGCCUCAGCGGCAUCGGCAAUGGCGUGGAGUUCGUUCUCCACGCAAAUUUUUUCUUGGUCGUGGUGAACGUUGUCUUCCUCGUGGCCGGGGCACCGCUGCUGUUGACGCCGUCGGUGACCGUCUUUGAGCUCUACGUGCAGAUCCCGAUCUUGGCGACGUGCUGCACCUACACGGCCUUUGCUGGGAUGGACCCGAUGCGGGUGAUGCCGUCGCGCCACAACCACUUUGUGCGCCGCGCCAUCUUCCGCCACAGCGUGGUGGUGUGGUGCCUGCGGUACACGGCGUCGGCUGUGGCGCUGCUCGCCCUCGGCCUCACCGCCUCGACGCGCCUCUGCCACGCUCGUGUAGUGGAUCUAAUCAACUUGGAUGACCAGGAGUGCGUGGGUGCGGCGCAAGGCUACGUCGCUCUCACGUUCAACUACUGGCUGAUGGUGCACUGCUGGACGCACAUCAGCCGGCACAACCCAAUCUCCCCGACCUUCUCGCUGAAGCUCGCCCAUGGGCGGCGCUCCACUUACCUGUUUAAGUCAUUUCGAUGGCUGUCCGCGAGCUUGGCUGUGUCGCUGCUGAGUGUGGUGGCCGUCGUCCUCGACACACCGAUGGGCGUGCUGGGCAGGGCGUUCUUCCCCUCUGUUGCGCACUUCGUCGUUGCGCUGCUCUUCCCGUUGCUCAUUCUCGCACUCGACUGGCCCAUUAAGCGGUGGCGCGAGCGUCGCUUCACCAACAUGCAAAAGUUCCGCAAGCUGUCCUACGGUACCCGACUCGGCAUGCACUCCCCACGUGGGGACUACGAGCCGGAAGGCGUCACGUACAACACCACCGCCGCCACCAGCACCAACGCCGCGGGUCUCAGCACGGGUGGCAGCGGGUCGGGCGAGGACAUCAGCGUGCCGGAGAAUGCCAGCGUCAUGACACGGGUGAGUGAGUGGUUCUACCGCUUUGCGAGCAUGCGCGGGGGUAAGUUGGAGCUGAACUGUGUGUGCUGCGACCACAUUGGCGGCAACUACGCCACGUACCACACCGUCGCAAACGUUUGA